UUGGGGUGCCUCCGGUCAGCAUGAUCCCGGGGCAUGGGCCGGUGAUCCAGUCGGUGCUGGGAACUUUCCUCACGUGGGGGCUGACAGCAGCUGGCUCAGCGCUGGUGUUUGUGUUUUCCAGCGGGCAGAGGCGGAUCCUAGAUGGGAGCUUAGGCUUUGCUGCAGGGGUCAUGCUGGCUGCUUCCUACUGGUCCCUCCUGGCCCCAGCUAUCGACAUGGCUGAGGAGUCCGGCAGCUUCGGAGCCUUCGCUUUCUUCCCGGUGGCCGUGGGCUUUGCUCUGGGAGCAGCCUUUGUCUACUUUGCAGACCUGCUCCUCCCAGCACUGGGUUUCAGUGGACCUCCCCAUGCAGCAUUUGCCUUGAGCUGUGACCAACGAGCAGUGAAAGAAAAAUCUGAGCAUGAACCUGCCCAGCAGCUGGACUAUGAGAGCGAGCUGUCCAUCCGGAUAGGUAGAGCUGGGCUCCAUCCAGAUAAAGGUGAGAACGGGGAGCCCUAUCAGCGGAGGAGGGGCGCAGGGGCCAGCCUGCCGGACACCCCCCCGGUGUUCGCUGUGACCAAGGACGGGGCCCCGACGGCUGGCAGCAGCAGCUGGAGGCGAAUUAUGCUGAUGAUCCUGGCCAUAACCAUCCACAACAUCCCAGAGGGUCUGGCAGUGGGAGUUGGAUUUGGGGCUAUUGGAAAAUCCACAUCUGCAACCUUCCAAAGUGCCAGGAACUUAGCCAUUGGGAUUGGGAUUCAGAACUUCCCAGAGGGCCUGGCUGUCAGCCUGCCUUUGCGUGGUGCUGGAUUUUCAACGUGGAAAGCAUUCUGGUAUGGGCAGCUGAGCGGCAUGGUGGAGCCCUUAGCUGGCAUCUUCGGGGCCUUCGCCGUGGUGGUGGCAGAGCCUCUCCUCCCCUACGCCUUGGGCUUCGCUGCUGGAGCGAUGGUUUAUGUGGUGAUGGAUGAUAUCAUCCCCGAGGCACAGACCAGUGGCAAUGGGAAGCUGGCAUCCUGGACCUCCAUCCUAGGAUUUGUGGUGAUGAUGUCCCUGGAUGUGGGGCUCGGGUAG